GUCAGGGCUGAGCAGGCAGAGGCCAGGAAAGUGGCUACAAUGACUUCAGCAGUCCUGGUGGACAUCCAAGAUGAAGUGACCUGCCCCAUCUGCCUGGAGCUCCUGACCGAACCCCUGAGCAUAGACUGUGGACACAGCUUCUGCCAAGCCUGCAUCACCACAAACAACAAGGAGUCCGUGCCUGGCCAAGAGGGCCAGAGCAGGUGUCCCGUGUGCCAGACCAGAUACUGGCUUGGGAACCUGCGGCCCAAUCGGCACCUGGCCAACAUAGCUGAGAGGCUCAGGGAGGUGGUGUUGGGCUCAGGGAAGCAGCUGAAGGUGAUUCUUUGUGCGCACCAUGGAGAGAAACUCCAGCUUUUCUGUGAGGAGGAUGGGAAGCUCAUUUGCUGGCUUUGCGAACGGUCUCAGGAGCACCGUGGUCACCACACAUUCCUCAUGGAGGAGAUAGCCCAGGAGUACCAGGAGAAGUUCCAGGAGUCUCUGAAGAAGCUGAGGCAAGAGCAGCAGGAAGCUGAGAAAUUAACAGCUGUUAUCAGAGGGAAGAGGACAUCCUGGAAGAAUCAGGUGGAACCUGAGAGACACAGGAUCCAGAAACAAUUUGAUCAGUUGAGGAGCAUCCUGGACAAAGAGGAGCAGCGACAGCUGAAGAAGCUGGAGGAGGAGGAGAGGAGGGGGCUGAACAUCAUAGCAGAAGCUGAGGUAGAGCUGGCCCAGCAGAGCCAGUCCCUGAGAGAGCUCAUCUCAGAGCUGGAGCGCCGUUGUCAGGGGUCAGCAACAGAGCUCCUGCAGGAUGUGAGUGAUGUUGCAAAAAGGAGUGAGUUCUGGACCCUGAAGAAGCCAGAGGCUCUCCCCACCAAGCUGAAGAGUAUGUUUCGAGCUCCAGAUCUGAAAAAGAUGCUUCGAGUGUUUAGAGAGCUGACAGAUGUCCAGAGCUACUGGGGUAACAAGGGGCUGUCUCUGACCAAAAGAGAGAGGAGACCGAAAAAGCUCCAGACAGGAGGAAGCCAGGGAGCAGCUGCUAUGGCUUUAAAUACUGUGGUGAACCUACAGAAAGAGGUGUCCUGUCCCGUCUGCCGGGAGCUUUUAACAGAACCCCUAAGUCUAGGCUGUGGUCACAGCUUCUGCCAGACUUGCAUCACUGACAGCAAGGAGACAGACAUCAGCCUAGGAGGAGACAGCAGCUGUCCUGUGUGUGGUGCGCGGUACUCACUUGGAAACCUGUGGCCUAAUCUGCAUCUGGCCAACAUAGUGGAGAGACUCAGAAUGGUCAAGCUGAGCCCAGAGGAGGGGCAGAAGACAGGUCUCUGUGUGCACCAUGAAGAGAAACUCCUGCUCUUCUGUAAGGAAGACAGAAAAGUCAUUUGUCGUCUUUGUGAACGAUCUCAGGAGCACCAUGGUCACCACACACUCCUCAUGGAAGAGGCCGUCCAGGAAAGUCAGGAGAUGCUUCAGGCAGCUCUGACGAGGCUGAGGAAGGAGCAGCAGAAGGCUGAGAAGUUGGAAGCUGACAUCAGGGAAGAGAGAACUUCCUGGAAGUAUCAGAUUCAGACUGAGAGGCAAAGGAUACAAACAGAGUUUAAUCAGCUUAGAAGCAUCCUAGACAGUGAGGAGCGAAGAGAACUGCAGAGAUUGGAGGAAGAGGAGAAGAAGACCCUGGAUAGCUUGGCUGUGGCGGAGGCUGAGCUGGUGCAGCAGGGCGAGCUGCUGAAGGAGCUCAUCUCAGACCUGGAGCGCCGCAGUGAAUGGCCAACUGUGGAGCUGCUGCAGGACAUGAGUGGAAUCAUGAAAUGGAGUGAGAUCUGGACACUGAAGAAGCCAAAAACGAUUUCCAAGAAACUGAAGAAUGUAUUCCGUGUUCCAGAUCUGCGUGGAAUGCUGCAUAUGUUUAAAGAGCUAACACGCGUCCAGUGCCACUGGGUGGACAUCACAUUGAAUCCAUUCAACCUAAGUUUGAAUCUUGUCCUUUCAGAAGAUCAGAGACAAGUGCUAUCUGUGCCAAUAUGGCCUGUUAAGUAUUAUAAUUAUGGUAUCUUGGGCUCCCAAUAUUUCUCCUCAGGGAAACACUACUGGGAAAUAGACGUAUCCAAGAAGACUGCCUGGAUCCUAGGGAUAUACUGUAGAAUACGUUCCUGUAAUAUAAAGUUUGCUGUUCAACGAAGCACGAGUUAUGAAAAUGCUUACUCCAUAUACAGACCUCAAUUUGGCUACUGGGUUAUAGGGUUAAAGGAUAAAUUUAGGUAUGAAGCCUUUGAGGACUCUUCCACCACUCAUCCUGACUCAAGAGUCUUGACUCUUUCUAUGACUGUUCCUCCCCGUCAUGUUGGUGUUUUUCUAGACUAUGAGGCAGGACUCUCAUUUUUCAAUGUUACAAACCAUGGGUCACUCAUCUAUAGGUUCUCUAAGUGCAACUUUUCUCGGAAUGCCUAUCCAUAUUUCAAUCCUUGGAACUGUCCAGCUCCCAUGACACUGUGCCCUCCAAAUUCCUGA